UCACGUGUCUGCCACACAAUGCGCAUCAUUGAUCUAGCGCUGUUCCGACCGGACCGAUCUUAUUUGCUCAUCUGUAGAUGAGUCAACAUCCGUCAAUGAUCUGAAGAAUCUCGGCAUAUGACCUUCAAUCUGUGCUGUUUUCUAUCAGGGACAUGGAGGAGAUGGUGAAUGAGGGUCGGUCUGUGGUCAAGGGUGGUCUCAAGAGCUGGCGCUGGAGUAAAACUCUCAAGAGCAGCAGACAUGAUCCUUCACUUUCACCCAACUCUGAGUUCAAGGCCAGUUUGGAAGUUAUUAUAUCUCAGAAGCCGGCACCUGAGUCCAUCCACUGUUCAAGUGAAGCGCAUAUUAGACACAAGGCUUGUGUGAAGAAUGUGCUGUGUGCUGGCCAAGCCCUAAGGAAUGCUUUCUUAUCCAAUGACAAGGAUAACUGGAAAGCUCAUAUUAAACUGGCAAGAAUCAUCAGGAGAACAUAUAUUGGUCUGGAGCUGGUGGAGUGGUUGAUGGAUCACUGUGAAUUCAUACAAAACAGGGGAAUCGCUUCCAAAAUGUGGAACAUUCUCCUGGACAUGGGCAUUCUGCUCUCAGUGGAGCAGCAAGACGUGUUUGAGGACUCCAGGUCGUUGUACCAGUUCACUUUUGAGGAAUGUGAGGCCCAGAGCUGCGAUUUCAGAAAUCAGGCCAAUUGGCGGAGUGCAGUGCAUCUGCUCCUACAGCUGGCACCUCAAGGGCAGCUCCGCGGUGGUUCCCGCAUACGCUAUAAAGAAGAAGAUACCCAAAAGACAUCAGAGGUUUUUAAUACAGUUCUUCAAAAGAGAGCGUUGGAGCAUCUCACUUCAACGGUGCAGCAGGAACUUCUCACAGCUCUGGCUCGCAAGGCACAAACUAAAUCAAUUGAGGAGAACAGAACAGAGACCCCUCCACCUUCUAGCUGUGCUGGGCUCACGACGGGCCCUGUGGCUGGUGUACGUGACAGAGAGGACAUCAGCCGAUUGGAGCUGGUACAGAGACUGGCCAAGGACGGAUGUCGCCUGCUACACAGCCCAGUGAGAGCUACGGAGCGUCCCACUGAGCCCCCCGGUGACGCAGCAGUCCGUGUGUGCGAGAGAGAGAGGACCCGCGAGGUGCUGCUAUCUCAGAGAACGACGUCACCGAGAGCCCCCCCCACCCGCUCCUUCUCAACCAGGAGGUACGCCGCUGUGCCUGCCACCCCCGAGAAGGUUCUGGACCAUCUGUUGGAUCAACUGAGGAUGGACGAAGAGCAAAGGAACCCACAGAGCAGAGAAACAGAGAUUCUCGUGGAUGACUUUCUGCUGACGUACCCUGUGUUCAUGUCCACCAGUGACCUCUGCCAGGCACUACUUGGUCACUAUUGUUCAAAAAAAGGACGACUGAAAGAGGAGGCCAGAGAGACUUUGCUCAGGAAAAGGAAAGUGCUGCACCUGCUGUCCCAAUGGAGCUCACUGUGCACGGACCUGCUUCAGGAUGACGAACAUGCAAAACUAUUCCUCAAGACCCUCUACCGAUAUGUUCUAGAUGAUCUUUAUGAGUUUCCCUCGCUGGAGAAGGACAUCAAAGAACUUCAGAAACUUCUACGGAUGCAGCGUAGACAUACGGUAACGUUAGAUGAAUACUCGCCGCAGAGGAAGAAUAAAGCUCUCGUCCAUCAGUUGAGUCUGAGGGAGAACUGGCACCCCGUGAGAGGAUCUCACAGAGAGAGAAAAGAAGUGCUGUGUCGUGUGUACAUGACUGUAGACUCAUAUGUGAGCGUGAGGACACAUAGUGAGGUGUCUGUGCAGGAGUUGCUGAGGACUGUGGCAGAAAGACUCGACUGCGCAGAGGACGACAUGGUGCUGGUCGCCAUCACGUAUUCUGAAGACAAAGUUCUGCUUCAGUCAGAACAGUGUGUGUUCUCCGCUUCACUCAGUUCUGCUGACAGGCUGCACGUCUGUAGAAGGGAUCUGACUGAGAUCAUGAGUCCCUGUACUGAUAAUGGACAGCAGCGCUCGAUAAAGAUGCUCAGCAUGAACACAUGGGAUGUAGCCGUGUCUCUAACUAACUGUGACUGGAGUCUCUUCAGUAACAUCCAUGAGCAAGAGCUGGUGUAUUUCACUCUGAGCCGUGAUGCCAGCGGCGGCCAAACGGUGGCGCUGGAGCAGUUGCUGCAGCGCUGUAAUGAGACUCAGCAGUGGGUGAUGACUGAGGUGCUGCUGUGUCCAAUCCCAUGCAAACGUGUGCAGCUCUUCAAGAAAUACAUCAAAAUAGCCGCACACUGUAAAGCACAGAGGAACCUGAACUCAUUCUUUGCCAUCAUUAUGGGGUUGAAUAGUCCAGCCGUCAGUCGACUCACUCAGACGUGGGAGAAAGUCCCUGGGAAGUUCAGGAAGUUAUUCUCCGAGCUGGAGAGCCUGACAGACCCUUCUAUGAACCACAAAGCCUACAGAGACGCCUUCAAGAAGAUGAAGUCUCCCAAAAUCCCUUUCAUACCUCUACUUCUGAAAGAUAUUACCUUCAUUCAUGAGGGCAACAAAACCUUUCUGGACAACCUGGUUAACUUUGAUAAGCUACACAUGAUAGCAGACACAGUGCGAAUCAUCAGGCAGUGUCGGACAGAUAACAUGGGAAACAUGUUGUCCCAGAAAGACAGCGCAGAGGUGAGAACAUACAUCAAUUACCUGCACGUCAUUGACAAUCAACAAACUCUCUUUGAGCUCUCACACAGACUGGAGCCCAGGACAUAAAACUGCUGAGACACAGGACAACAUCCAUCCUUUAACUCAAGACUGUGAUGGAUACCUCAUGUUGCUAUGCGGUGUGUUAUCCACUAGGGGGAGACACGCAGAGAUCAUAGGAAGAGAAUAUCACACGCCAAAGAAAUCAAUCUGUCUGCAAGUUCAGUGAGAAACCCAUCAUGCAAAACUGUGAAUCAUAAAAGGGAAGUUUGAAUUAGUGUCAUGGUGGAAACAGAACAAUGAUACAGUAUUCAAUGUUUCAAUAAGAACACAUCAUGUUUAGGGUGUAACAUGUUGUUAUGUACGGCUUGCUUUCACAUAGAUCAGAACAGAUGUCUAGUUGUUUGAGCCAAAAACAUAGUAGUUUGAAAUUAACUUAAUAAGAGGACGUUUUAGUGAAUGCCUAUUGCGAAAAGGCAAACACAUCCUCAUUCAUAUUUUGUGCGAUUAGUAUGAUUGUGCAAAAUACAAAACAAUGUGAUGUGCUUUUAGGUUAAGGUCAACUGUUUGAAAUAUUUAUAGACAAUCAGAAUAAUAUGCCUACUGUAAGCAUCCGCUACCACAAGCAAUGGCAGAACUUUCUUUUAAAGCUGUAGUGGGCAUUGGGACUUACGUGAACUAUUAGGACAUCUUAAUUCAAACCUUAUAAGAAUGCACAUCUUAGACAUACUGCGGAUAACAAAUCAUAAUUUAGUUUGCAGACUAUAAAAGAAAUAAUUUCACACACUUUAGGACUUGCUCUAUUAAAAUGUCUUACAGCUUGGCUCAGAUAACUGUGAACAGCGGUUCUACAGAGACCUUUGUUAAGAGGUGCUUGAAAAAGCAUAUGUAUAGAUUUUGUUUAUAAGUUGUGCUUUGAGUUGUGAGCAUAUUUAUUUAGCAAUAUAUUUGUUCGGAUAGGAACAUAACACAUUUUAAGCAUAAAGAGAAGAUGUAAAUGUGUUCAGAAGGUCUGCAGGAUUUGGCAACGCCAUUGAUGGACCUAUCUGAUUUAAAACCGCAAAUGCACAAACAGCAUUUUUUUUUAUAAAUAAUACUAAAAACAGGCCAUAAAGCAAUAGUGAGGUGUACGUCACCUCCUGAAACAUAAUUUAGCAGACUGUAGCUGCUGUUUGCACUAGUUUUCUUUAUUUCGAUUAAAGAAAAAUGAAUCCUG